GUCAAUGCAGUGCGAGUGUAUGUGAACAGCAGCUCUGAGAACCUCCAGUAUCCUGUCCUGUUUGUAGUUCGCCAACAGAAGGGAGUCCUGUCAUGGCAAGUCCCACUAAUUUUUCGAGGCCUCUAUCAGAGGACCUACAACUACCAAGAAGUGAGUCGGACCCUCUGUCCCUCUGAGCCAACACCUGAGACAGGAUCCUCUGACCAGAUCAUAUUUGUGGACGUUGCUUCCAUGGCACCAUUUAAUAUUGCGUAUGAGCUACUAGUCACCAGGCUUGAGAACUUCCAACUUGAGACCAACAAAGCCUUUAACUUCACUGCCAGCCCUUCCCAGCCCCAGUAUUUUCUGUACAGAUUUCCUCAGGAUGUUGAUUCAGUCAUCAUUAAAGUGGUGUCUGAUGCAGUCUACCCAUGCUCCGUUGUCUCCGUCCAGGACAUUGUGUGCCCAGUGUAUGAUCUGGACCAUAACGUGGAGUUCAACGGUGUUUACCAGUCUAUGACUAAGCAGGCAGCCAUAACGGUGCAGAGAAAGGAUUUUCCAGGUGAGCAGUUCUUCGUUGUAUUUGUCAUCAAGCCAGAGGAUUAUGCCUGUGGGGGUUCUGUGCCUUCUUCUAUUCAUGGGAAUGUCAACCGUACCUGGAACCUGCAGCGGACAAAGAACCUUCAAGUGACGAUUGUGCCCUCUGUUAAAAAGUCUGUUUAUGUCCAGGCCAUGUUCUUCAGUUUUCUGAGUUUCCUCUCCUUUUACCUGGGCUCAGUGGUUGUUGCUUUUGUGCACUACAUCAGGGUUCAGAGGAAGGCUUCAACUGGGAGACUGUCCCCUGAGGAUGGAUCUGGGAUCAUGACGUCUUCACACCCCAUCACAGCCAGCACCCCUGAGGGGAGCAGCUAUGGUGCUAUUGAUGAGUCAAGCUCCAGUGGUGGACGACAGUUUUCUUCCCCUGAAGGCAGGCCACGGGCUGGUUCUGACACAGACAGCUCUGUGGAGGAGGAGAGUGACUUCGACACCAUGCCAGAGAUUGAAAGUGAUAAGAACAUCAUCCGCACUAAGGUGUUCCUCUAUCUAUCAGACCUGUCCAGGAAGGACCGAAGGAUUGUCAGCAAAAAAUACAAGAUCUAUUUCUGGAAUAUCAUCACCAUUGCAGUGUUUUAUGCCCUGCCAGUCAUCCAGCUCGUCAUCACUUACCAGACGGUAGUGAAUGUGACAGGCAAUCAGGACAUCUGCUACUACAACUUUCUGUGUGCUCAUCCCCUUGGGGUGCUGAGUGCAUUCAACAACAUCCUCAGCAAUGUGGGCCACAUGCUGCUGGGCUUUCUCUUCCUGCUCAUUGUGUUGCGCAGGGACAUUCUUCACCGUCGUGCCAUGGAGAUGAAAGAUGUCUAUACACUGGACUAUGGGAUUCCAAAGCAUUUUGGUCUCUUCUAUGCGAUGGGCAUUGCUCUAAUGAUGGAAGGGGUGCUCAGUGCCUGUUAUCAUGUCUGCCCUAAUUACUCCAAUUUCCAGUUUGACACCUCCUUCAUGUACAUGAUCGCAGGACUGUGCAUGCUGAAGCUCUACCAGACCCGCCACCCAGACAUCAAUGCCAGUGCCUACUCUGCCUAUGCCUCGUUUGCUGUGGUGAUCUGUCUGGCCGUCCUUGGAGUGGUGUUUGGGAAAAAUGACGUCUGGUUUUGGGUCAUUUUCUCAAUAAUCCAUGUUUUGGCCUCGCUGGCUCUCAGCACCCAGAUCUACUACAUGGGCCGCUUCAAGAUUGAUGGCCCUGACUCAGACUUGGGGAUGUUUCGACGGGCAGUAAUGGUGCUGUACACAGACUGUAUCCAGCGCUGCAGUCGACCAAUGUAUAUGGACAGGAUGGUGCUGCUCAUUGUUGGAAACCUGGUCAACUGGUCCUUUGCCGUCUUUGGGCUGGUGUAUCGGCCCAGGGACUUCGCCUCCUACAUACUGGGGAUCUUUAUCUGUAACCUCUUGCUGUAUCUGGCUUUCUACAUCAUCAUGAAGCUCCGCAGCUCUGAGAAGCUCCUGCCCAUCCCUAUGUUCUGCAUUGUGGCCACAGCAGUGGUGUGGGCAGCUGCCCUCUACUUCUUCUUCCAGACCCUCAGCAGCUGGGAGGAGACUCCAGCAGAGUCCCGGGAAAAGAACCGGCCCUGCAUCCUGCUGGGCUUCUUCGAUGACCAUGACGUCUGGCACUUCCUCUCCGCGGCUGCCUUGUUCUUCUCCUUUCUGGUCCUGCUGACCCUGGAUGAUGACCUGGACGUGGUGCGCAGAGACAAGAUCCCGGUGUUCUGA